CAAAAGAAAGACAUCUUAAUUGUGCAGUACGACCAAAUAUACUAUCGGCCCUACCAUGAAGCGUUACUGCUUUGUCCUUAUUUUCCUUGUCCUCGGCUUAGAACUGCCUGCUUGUUUUGCUUUAAAAGCAACCAGAUUGAAAGGACGGAUGCAUCCAGACAGGAGGAAUAUUAGACCAAACAUUAUUCUAGUCCUCACAGAUGACCAGGAUGUGGAGCUGGGUUCCUUGCAGGUGAUGAACAAGACCAGAAAGAUUAUGGAAGAAGGAGGUGCUAACUUCAUCAAUGCCUUUGUGACCACUCCAAUGUGCUGUCCGUCCCGCUCUUCUAUGUUAACAGGCAAAUAUGUUCAUAAUCACAACAUAUACACGAACAAUGAGAACUGCUCCUCCCCGUCCUGGCAAGCAAUACACGAACCGCGCACGUUUGCAGUGUACCUCAAUAAUACCGGAUACAGGACAGCAUUUUUUGGGAAAUACCUCAACGAGUACAAUGGAAGCUACAUCCCACCCGGAUGGCGUGAGUGGCUCGGGCUGAUAAAGAAUUCUCGCUUUUACAAUUACACGAUGUGCAGGAAUGGUUACAAGGAAAAGCAUGGAUUCGAAUAUGAAAAGGACUAUUUUACCGACCUGAUUACCAAUGACAGUAUUAGUUACUUUAAAUUAUCAAAGAAAAUCUAUCCCCAUCGUCCAAUAAUGAUGGUGAUCAGCCACGCUGCACCCCACGGGCCAGAAGAUUCCGCUCCACAGUUUUCAGAGCUUUUCCCAAAUGCUUCUCAACACAUAACACCCAGUUAUAACUAUGCCCCCAACAUGGACAAGCACUGGAUCAUGCAGUACACGGGUGCCAUGCUACCUAUUCAUAUGGAGUUCACAAACGUUCUGCACCGGAAGAGACUACAGACCCUGAUGUCUGUUGAUGACUCGAUGCAAAAGUUGUAUAAUAUGCUAGUUGAAAUUGAAGAAUUGGACAACACCUACAUCAUCUACACAGCAGACCAUGGCUAUCACAUAGGGCAGUUUGGGCUGGUGAAAGGAAAGUCAAUGCCGUAUGACUUCGAUAUUCGGGUUCCCUUUUUUGUUCGUGGACCAAACGUGGUACAGGGAUCAGUUGUGCCACAGAUUGUGCUAAAUUUAGAUAUUGCCCCCACCAUUUUGGAUAUUGCUGGACUGGAUGCCCCACCUGACAUGGAUGGCAAGUCUGUUUUGCCCUUGAUGGACAUAGAAAGACCAGGAAACAGGUUAAGAACAACCAAGAAAAGCAAGAUCUGGCGAGAUACUUUCCUCGUAGAAAGAGGAAAAUUUCUUCGAAAGAAGGAGGAACAAAUCAAGAGCACCCCGCCGCAGUCUAACCACUUGCCAAAAUACGAGCGUGUCAGAGAACUGUGCCAACAGCCCCGAUACCAGACAGCAUGCAAGCAGCCAGGGCAGAAAUGGCAAUGCAUUGAAGAUGUUUCAGGAAAGCUUCGCAUUCAUAAAUGUAAGGGACCUACAGACACAGUGGCAUUAAGGAAGAGAACACGAAGUAUAAAUUCAAGGCGAUAUGGAAGCAAACACAAGGAGUGUGUGUGCGAUGAAACGGAUUACAGAACAAGCAAAAAUCAAAGGAAAAAAAAACUUUUCUUGAGAAAUCCCGGUGCUAAAAGAUUCAAUCCUCGCUUUGUCCACACUCGCCAUGUACGCUCCCUAUCUGUUGAGUUUGAAGGGGAAAUCUAUGACAUACAUUUGGAAGAUAAGCAGAAUCUGCAAGAUUUAAAGCCAAAAAGCAUCGCCAAAAGGCAUUAUACAUCGGAUGAGGAGGCACGAGAAGAUACAGAUGAUGAUGAAGAAGAGGAGGAAGAUGAAGACCUAAUGGGGGAGCCUGAUGAGGACGAAAUCAUGUUAGCUGACGGAGUGAUGAGUGCCAGCCAGGCUGCAUCUGUCAAAGUCACACACAAGUGCUAUAUUCUUACCAAUGACACGGUGCACUGUGAACGGGAACUUUACCAGUCCAGUAAAGCCUGGAAAGACCACAAAGCUUAUAUUGACAAGGAGAUUGAAGCCCUCCAGGACAAAAUAAAAAACUUAAGGGAAGUAAGAGGUCAUCUUAAAAGAAGAAAGCCUGACGAAUGUGACUGCAGCAAACCAGGAUUUUACAAGAAAGAGAAAGGCAUGAGAGUUCAGGACAAGAUUAAGGGCCACAUACACCCAUUUAAGGAAGUUGCUCAGGAAGUGGACAAUAAGCUUCAGAUUUUUAAAGACAACAGGAGAAAGAAAAAGGAAAGGAAAGAGAAGAAACGUCAAAAGAAAGGAGAAGAAUGCAGUCUUCCCGGACUGACCUGCUUUACUCACGAUAACAACCACUGGCAGACGGCACCUUUCUGGAAUUUGGGAUCGUUCUGCGCCUGCACCAGUUCUAAUAAUAACACUUAUUGGUGUCUAAGAACUAUCAAUGAUACUCACAACUUUCUGUUCUGUGAAUUUGCAACUGGUUUCCUGGAAUAUUUUGAUAUGAACACAGACCCUUACCAGUUAACGAAUACUGUCCAUACAAUAGAGAAGGGUCUUCUGAACCAGCUUCAUAUACAGCUGAUGGAGCAUAGAAGUUGUCAAGGUCAUAAACAAUGCAACCCAAGGCCCAAAGGACUUGAGACAGAGGACAACUAUGGGAAGGAUGGGAAGGUUAACUUGCCAAAUUUCACAGAGGAUGUUGACUGGAAAGGACUGGAAGACUUGUACAACGUCAGUGAAAGUUUAUAUGGAUACAGGAACAAUUAUACACUUAGUCUGGAGGACUGGGCUAAUUACUUGAAGGAUGUAGAUAGAGUUUUUGCACUGCUCAAUGGUAACACUAAACCAAUUAAAACAAAUAAGACUGUGGUUGCUGAAACAUCUGGGGUCUCAUCAAAAGAACCAACAACAUUGAUAGAUAUGUCCUCCGCUGAGUCCGAGGAAGAAUUCAGUGGUGCAUUCGAAGAAGAAAAAGAACCUACAAUUAAAACCCACUUUGGACAUUUUGAAACAAUUAAUGAUAUCCCUGAAAAACAAAAAAUGAACCAGGAACAUUUGAGGAACGCAGAUAGAUGGACAAAGCCAAUAGGUAUUCAUGAUAUUGAGUUCAGCGGGAAUGGACUAACAGAGCUGGAAUCCAACAAUGGUUUAGCGUAUAAGGCCAUCAGUCCUGUUUCAAAGGAAACAGACCAAGGUAGCAGCCAUGGGAGUGAAGAUAUCUUUGAAGAUCAGGCAUACCUUCCAAUUGACUUAAUGUCUGCUGGUCAGGAGACAAAAACCAUUUCCUCUGUAAAGCAGCCGUCCAAGUCUGGGGAUCUUAGAACUUUGAAGAUCACAUCUGCACAAGACUUUUCAGGAGAGAUCGACAAAAGCAUGGAUUCUGAAGGCAGCGCAUCAUUCCCUCUCUAUUCUGGUUAAAAUGUAUUUUAACUGAAACCUGUUAACCUAGUACCAUGGCACUUGACAUUCCGAAGUGCAUUUAGCAGUUUACUUUGUAAUCGAUCAGAUACCAUGCGGGGAAAAAAGAUCUCAAAAAUAGUCCCUACUUUUAGUGUCAACAACCUCACAGCACAUUGCAAGGAAAAAAAAUCACAUUUUCACCAGUUGGUUCAUAGGGCAAGAUUGUAUAUUUGGUGAGGGUUCCCACAAUUUUGAAUGAUUUAUAUUUCCUAACCACUGGAAUUUUCUUAAUGUCACAAUUAAGUUAAGUUUUCAUGCACUUUUAAAACUUUUUAAUUCUAUCACCAUAUUUACCCCUUUUAGUUUAGAGUUUUGGUGUAAGGUUGAUUAUAAUGGCGAAAA